UCCAGUAUCAGCCUCACAAAUUGCGCUUUUUCAGUGUCAAACCUUCACACACCAAAACAACAAACCAAAAUAGGAUUCUAAUUCCCAUCGACACAAACACAACUGAAAAACAUUACUAAGAGACCACAUCGUUGGUUGUUGUAGUGAGAGAGAAAAAAAUGGCAAGUGUUAGGAGAGUGGGCGUGGCGGUUGAUUUCUCAUCGUGCAGCAUCAAAGCACUGCAAUGGACGGUGGAUAACGUGGUAAAAGAAGGCGAUCAUCUCGUUCUUAUCGUGGUUCGGCACGAUUCCAAUUACGAGCACGGCGAGAUGCAGCUCUGGAAAACCACUGGUUCACCUCUAAUACCUCUGUCAGAGUUCUCUGAACCUGCGGUCAUGAAGAAUUAUAAAUUCAAUCCCAAACCCGAAGUAAUUGAUAUAGUCCAAACUGCAGCCAGGCAAAAAAAUAUUACGGUAAUAAUGAAGGUCUAUUGGGGAGAUGCUCGUGAGAAGUUAUGUGAAGCGGUUGAUCAAGUACCUCUAGACCACCUUACCCUAGGAAACAGAGGCCUUGGACCUCUCCAAAGGGUCAUAAUGGGCAGCGUCAGCAACUAUGUGGUGAAGAAUGCCACCUGUCCUGUCACUGUGGUGAAGAGUUAAGACCACAACCAUUAGUUUCUUCAUUAAUUUACUAAUUUAAUGUAGGAAUAAUCAAACUAUUCUACCUGGUUUUGUUCAAAACCCUGCUGUGCGUGUAUUCAACUUGUUUCUCAGUACAGGAGAAGGAAGUUAUAUUAAUUGUAAUACUAUUUUCAUUAUCCAAACAGAAAUAAAUAAAGAGAGAGAGGUGUAAAAUUUUAAUACCAAA